UUAAGUCUUAUAAGAUUUUAGACGGUAUCAGGUAAUAGUUAUCAUGUAAUAUCACGAUUUUCAUUUGAGUGUUUCAGAACCAAAACUGUUGAAACCUGCAAUUACUUAUUAGACUACUGAGCCAAUCUCAAGCAUUGUAAACAUAAAAGCAAAACCAAAGUAAUUGCCUGAUUACUUGUGACACUCAAUUGAAAACCGCUCUAAAUAAAUUUAUUAAUGACUUUAAAUUGUAACUUUGUAGAUCAGGCAAUAAUCUUUUUGUUACCAGCUGAGGAUACUGAUUAAGACCUGCAACUGAAUUGGAGCUGCUCUGCUAUAAUUUUCACUAAAAAUAAUAAACCUGUGAAGUUAAGACAAAAAGGAAGGAAAUGCGGAUGUAAUUUAAGUGUUUUCAAGACAGAGGUGACUAAGAAUAAUUUUAUUUUAAUUUUAAUUUUUUUUUUCAGUAAAAAGUGAAAUUUCAAAACCUAAUGACGGAGAAGGGGAUGCGAUAGUUGCCAUUCAAGAUCAAGCUGAACCAGUCAAGGAAGGUGUGCCGGCAAUAUCCAGCGAAAAGAGCACCACAGUAAAAGAACCAGCUGUGAAGUCAGAGAACAAAACUAGUAUGGCAAAUGGAGAACAUCAAAACAACAAUAUUGAGGACAGCAAGAAUACAUUGGUUGAUUCAAGGGAUCCAUCUGUUAAUGUAAAGAAGGAAAAGAAACCAUCAUUUGAGGAAGAUGAUCCAUUUGCAGCUUUGGACUGGAAAGACGGUAUCGCUACUCUCCCAGGGAGCAACUUGAAGUUCAAACUGACAGAGUUUGGAACUUUAGAGAUAAUAAGUACAGUGGAGACAGACAAAGGUGAAAUACAGUGGAGUACUCCAACAGAACAUCGCAAGUCAACUAGUGAUGAAACUAAUGAAAUGGCAAAGGAAGGGGCCACAGCAGACAAGAAGGACAAAGGUACCCCCAAGAAAUCUAACGCGACCAAGGAUGCGCCAGACACUGGUGAUGUUCUGUGUUGUGAAGUGUGUGGCAAAUACGGGCUGCGGCGAGACUUUUCUGCGUCGGGGAGGUUUUGUGGCCUGUCUUGUGUGGGAGUAUACACGGGAAGAAGGAACAAGGGCAGAGAAUUCGUGCGCAAGAUCAAGACUGCUGAUGGAAAGAUUGUGAAAAAGAAAAAGAAGGGAAAAGGAAAGAAAAUUGGACUGGCGGAAAAACCAGCAGGGACAACAAGUGAUGUCGGGGCACCUGUUCAAGAUGCUCCUCUGAUGGGCAAGUUUAAACUGAAAGGCAAAGGAGAAAAACACAAAAUCAAGGCAGCCAAGCACCAAAUCUCCGUGGAACCCUCCAACCUGAUGAACGGCGAAGACGUUCCUUAUGACUCCACAAAACCCUUCGUAUGGUCGGAUUACUUGGCGGCUUGUGGUGCGAAAGCAGUUCCUAAUAUUGUAUUCAAACAGGUUUGUAGAAACAGCUUCUUCCCAACGUUAGCACAAAAUUGUUGCAGUAAUUUNCCACCAGAUCUCUUUAAAAAGCGCCCCAAGCCGAGUUUUAAGCCUUCCGAGAGACUGGAAGCUGUAGACAAAAGGAAUCCCUCCCUUGUCCGUGCUGCCAGAGUAGCGGCAUUGGAGGAGUACAGAGUCAAGAUACACUUUGAUGGCUGGGAUGACAUUUAUGAUGACUGGUUCGAUGCCGACUCCUGUGACUUGCACCCCGUGGGGUGGUGUGACAAAACAGGCCAUCCUCUGGAGACCCCUCUCACAACGCGCGAAAAGAUCUCCAGCGCAGCCUGUCCCACUCCUGGAUGUAAAGGUAUUGGACACGUGAAGGGUGCCAAGUACUCCACGCAUCACAGCACGUUCGGCUGUCCUUACUCACUGCAGAACCUGAACAAGGACUCGUGCCUGGUGGAUCGACUCUCCAACAAUUCCAUGACCGAGGAAUCUGACUGGUCUUAUGCGUCCAAACAGAAAACCACAGGAGUCAAAGAAGUCAAACCAGAAGUUCCUCCAACGCCUACCGUAGAGGGCGUGUGUCCCACCCCAGGGUGUGACGGUUUGGGUCACGUCACCGGACACUGGAAGACACAUUACACUUUGUCAGGCUGCCCUAACAACGAGGCAAACCAAGCUAAGAUCUUCCCAAAACAUUCCACGAAGUCUCCCGUCAGUAAGAAGACCCCACACCUCUCCCCCACGUCCACCAGUCCCUCCUCGGUCAGUGGUGGUGUCAAAGGAUCAGUUGGUAGUAGUAUUAUAUCUACACGGAGUUCUGCCAGGAAAGUGUUUGUCAAAGAGGAGAAACACCACGGCGGUCAACAUAAAUAUGCGGACAAGGCAGUACAACACGCCACGCCCUUCUCCUUUCCCUGGCCGCUAGGAAGCCAGUUUUCCAUGAUGGGUCUCAGCGAGCUCAAGGCCGCCAUUAGUUUAGAGAAUGACUCUGUCGCCUCCAAUGAAAGACAGCGUAUCAUGAAGUGGACUGUUGAUGACGUCAUGAGUCACGUGCGCUCGUUGGGCUGCACGGAACAGGCCAAGAUUUUCGCAGAUCAACAAAUUGACGGUGAAGCGUUUCUUUUGCUGACACAGAACGAUAUCGUCAACAUUCUCAAGAUCAAGCUUGGUCCAGCGCUCAAAAUAUUCAACACUAUUCCAAAGCAUUGAUGAUUUAGAACAUUGUCUCAAUUUUCUAUUCUAAUAGGAUUUUAAUACUAUUCAUAUUAACGGCGGUAUCUGUUGCCUGCAACGAUGUGGACUUCACGCUCGACACGGGCUGUGGUUGCCCGAAAGUUGCGUGGACUACUGAACAUUCUUGAUCUGAUUCUGGUUACGAAGGAAGACCGAUAGCAAAGGCAAUACAUCGUGACCCCAGCGUGGGUUGUGUAAGGUAGAAGGAAGAUGUAUUCUUCAGAGAGUAAAGGGAGCGAGGAGGGCAUUCGUUAAAGCCCAGACGUUCACAUAUCCGCAAAACUUCGAAGAACUUAAUUAGGCAUUGAAAUAUCCUCAGAAGUAUAUUUUCCUCGUGAGUUUUGUGGAUUGAAACUGAGAGGGAGCAAAGUUUUUUCCCCUUACAUACGCUUACAUUUGAGUUCUUCCGUAUUCAGAUGCACACGUAAUUUACAUUCGAGUUUCAGUUUAAGCUACACCAUUCAGUAAACAGUUUAGCAGAGCUUUCUGUUUGUUGGGGAAGU